CUUUUCUUCCUCCGACACGGAGCGCUGCAGGCCACUCACUGUUCGCACAGAGGGUGGAGAAAGCCCAGUGUUCCGGAGCUCUGCCUAGCCGAGCCCAACCUUUGCUCCAAAGAUCAUGGCUGCCGAGGAUGUGGUGGCGACUGGCGCCGACCCAAGCGAGCUGGAGGGCGGCGGGCUGCUGCAUGAGAUCUUCACCUCGCCUCUCAACCUGCUGCUCCUCGGCCUCUGCAUCUUUCUGCUCUACAAGAUCGUACGCGGGGACCAGCCCGGGGCUGGUGGCGACAACGACGACGACGAGCCGCCCCCGCUGCCCCGCCUCAAGCGGCGCGACUUCACCCCUGCUGAACUGCGGCGUUUCGACGGCGUCCAGGACCCGCGCAUUCUUAUGGCCAUCAAUGGCAAGGUGUUCGAUGUGACCAAAGGCCGCAAGUUCUACGGCCCGGAGGGGCCCUAUGGGGUCUUUGCCGGAAGAGAUGCAUCCAGGGGCCUUGCUACAUUUUGCCUGGACAAAGAAGCACUGAAGGAUGAGUAUGAUGACCUUUCUGACCUCACUCCUGCCCAGCAGGAGACCCUGAGUGACUGGGACUCUCAGUUCACUUUCAAGUACCAUCACGUGGGCAAACUGCUGAAGGAAGGGGAGGAGCCUACUGUGUACUCAGAUGAUGAAGAACCAAAAGAUGAGAAUGCUCGGAAAAAUGAUUAAAGCAUUCAGUGGAAGCAUAUCUAUUUUUGUAUUUUGCAAAAUCAUUUGUAACAUUCCAGUCUGUCCUUAAAACAUGGUGAUUUCACAAUUUAGAAAAGUUUUAAACUUGCUGUAAAUUUUUUAAAUUAACAUCACUAGUGACACUGAUAAAAAUCAACUUGUCUUAGAACGCAUGAUAUGUUUGUGUGUCACAAAUCCCGAAAGUCAACUGGAGUGCUGUAAUGCAAAUGUUAAAGCUGUUUUUCUUCUAUCUGUAGUUAGAACAAGCUGAAUUGUAAUUUGAUUUUUCUGAGAGCAAGCAAAAACUUGGGUAUUUCCACAAACUGGUCAAAAUGGUAAAUGCACUAGGAAAGAAGGCUCAACUUCUAGCUAUGCUAUUCUCUGAAGACAAGCCCAUUUUACUCAACUGACUUAACUGCAUUUUUGUUUUAUCUACCUCUAAAGCAAAUCUGCAGUGUUCCAAAAUCUAUGGUAUUGAUUCAAGAGAAGUUCAGUAACAAAACAAAACCUCAAUAGUGGGCUCAUUUGGGGCAAACACAUUGCCUGUGUUCGUGGGUUGAUUUAUCACCCUUAUCCUCAUGUGGACACAACUCCCACAUACAGGCACUCUCUCAUACACAGUAAUUCACAGUUGGAACUAAAAUGGCAUCUGAAAAUUUGAAGUAAGGCUUUGCAAAAAAAAAUAAUCUGUUGCUUAUAGCAAGGCAAUGCUUAUGUGGUUAUUGACGAAAUAAAAUUCGAGAGGGUCACAGGGCAGGAACAGGUGUGUGCUUUUCAAAAAGCUUUCACUGUCGUCGCUGAAGAAUGAGAAAACACUACAGUGGCACUAACUGAAUGAUUUUGAAAAGAAAAUGCAUUCCUAAGGUAAAAGUUAGAUCUUUCUGUUGUUACAGACUUAUAGUCACUUCAAAAGUAGUAGUCAAGUGUCUAGGUCUUGGAUAAUACUUUUGGUUAAUACUAAACCUUGCUUAAGUAGACUCUACAGUUGUAUACAUUUAUAAAAGUAUUGUAUGAACUAGUGAGGUUUCAGACUCUUGUAAUUGUAGUUAAAUAGUCAUUGUAUUUUCUCGUGAGCUGUGUUUAAUGGUUUUACCUCAAAUCAGGAAAAAAAUGAAGAGCUCGGGUCAGUUAAUAAAAAGGUUUUACCCAA